AUGACUGACAACACUGCUUCUUCUCCAAAGCAAUCACCCCGGUCUCCUAUCUCGCAAAAGUCGGCGGCAAGUCGUGAGGCUGCGGAAGCUGCGGGUCUUCAUGAUGCUGAACAUUGGGCCAAUCUAGCACAAGAACCUCAUGAUGACGAUACUGAUUCAUCGCUUGGUAGUGACGCUGACUCGUCGACGGCAUCCAUGAAUUCUAGUAUUCUCAACUACCGCACUAUCAAGGGGAGAACUUACCAUUCGGAAAGAGGCAACGCUGAAUAUUGGGCAUCCAACGACGAUCAACAGAACGAGGCUAUCGACAUCAUUCAUCACUACCUCCUACUGGCCCUCGAUGGAAAGCUUCACUUGGCUCCAAUAGGGGACAAUGCAAAGGAAUUUGGGCAAUGUAUGUUCACACUGACGAAAGGCGAGACCGUCAUGACUGAUUCUGCUAGCGACUUUGCGGAUGAGCAUCCAGAUGCCGAACAAGUGAUAGGAACUGACAUCUCCCCUAUUCAACCUAGUUGGGUACCUCCCAAUGUCAAGUUUGAGAUUGAUGACUGUACGCAACCAUGGACCUUUUCGCCUAACACCUUUGACUACAUCCAUAUGCGAUAUCUGUAUGGUUCCAUUAGUGACUGGGGAUCUUUAUUUCAAGAAGCAUACCGCGCUUGUAAGCCAGGUGGCUGGGUCGAGAGCUUCGAGGCAUCAACUCGCUUAGAGAGCGACGAUGGUAGUGUUCAAGAAGGUAGUGCCAUGAGCGAGUGGGGCAAGUUCUUCAUCGAAGGUGGUAAGAAGCUAGGAAGGACGUUUACUAUCAUCGAUGACGAUCUUCAAAAGCAGGGCAUGGAAGAAGCAGGGUUUGUAGACAUAGGUACUUGGGACUUCAAGGCUCCUGUUGGCUCCUGGCCCAAAGAUCCAAAGUUGCAAGAGAUUGGCAAAUUCGGGCACGCAGCGAUGGACCAGGACUUGGAGGGAUUUGUGCUUUACAUGGCCAGUUUUGUCCUUGGCUGGUCAAAGGAGGAGGUGACGGUGUAUUGCUCUCAACUACGACGCGAGUUGCGAAACCCGAGACAUCACCCGUAUUGUCGGAUGAGAAUUGUGUAUGGAAGGAAACCUGAGUAA